AUGGUCAAGAGAAAGCACGAUAGCACCGGGGCCGACUCGAACAAACCCGUCAAGAAGACGGCCAAGUCGCAAUCCGAAGUCCACGCAAACUUUGGCGACAAGCUCUUCGACAACCAUGUCGUCACAAAAUACCGUCAAGACUAUGCGAAAAGCGGACCCUAUCUACAUACCGUCGUCUCUGGCUUGAUCAACGACUCCCUCCUCCGUUCCGUCCGCCGCGAGAUCAUCGACAAUGUCCACUUCACGCCAAAGGAAACAGACAUCUACAAGAUCCACCAGUCUGGUGACCUCGCCAACCUCUCCGGUCUCGAUCCUUCUGCCCUCAAGCUGCUGCCCUCGCUGCUCACCCUACGCGACUCGCUUUACUCUCCCGAAUUCCGCGCAUGGGUCUCGGAGGUCUCUGGCGCUGGCCCACUGUCGGGAACCAAGACGGACAUGGCUGUUAACGUGUACGCUCCUGGAUGUCACUUGCUGUGUCAUGACGAUGUCAUUGGUACCAGACGUGUCAGCUACAUCCUCUACUUGACCGACCCGGAUACCCCGUGGCAGGCCAACUGGGGUGGCGCAUUGCGUCUGUACCCCACCGAGGAAAAGACAGACAGCGAUGGCAAGAAGGUCAGAGUUCCGCACUACGAUUUCACAAAGGUCAUCCCGCCCGCCUGGAACCAGCUGUCUUUCUUCACCGUCCAGCCUGGCCAGAGUUUCCACGAUGUUGAAGAAGUCUUCAAGCACAAGGAGGGCGAGGCCAAGGAUGAUGGUGGUCGUAUUCGUAUGGCUAUCUCUGGUUGGUUCCACAUUCCGCAAGAAGGAGAGGAUGGCUUUGAGCCAGGGCUUGAGGAGAAGCUGGCUGAGCGCAGUUCUCUGCAACAGCUGCAGAGCAAGAAUGACGAGUUCGAUUUGCCCCAGGAACAAUGGAUUGAUCACGAAGAGUCUGCAGACAAGGCUGAUGAUGCCGAGGAAGAUGAGGUCGAGUUCGACGAGAAGGAUAUGGACUUCCUGAUCCAGUACAUGACACCUCAAUACCUCACGCCUGACACUGUCGAGGAGCUGUCCGAACUUUUCGCCGAAGAGUCAAGUCUGCAACUCGCCAACUUCCUCUCCAAGAAGUUCAGCGCUCGUCUGCGCAAAGACAUCGAAGCUCAUGAUGGCAAAAAUGAGCCUGCGACUGAUGGCUGGGCCACAGCGACCCCUCCACACAAACAUCGCUACCGUUUCAAGCACGCCGACCCUUCUGCCACCAACAACGCCUCCGCAUAUGACGAGCUCCUCAACAAGUUCUUGCCUUCUCUUGCUUUCCGCAAAUGGCUGAGUCUGGCCACUGGUCUUACACUGGCGAAGAGCAGUAUUCUCGCCCGCCGCUUCCGUAAGAGCUUGGACUACACAUUGGCGACUGGCUACAACAAGUCCGAUGCACAACUCGAGUACUGCUUGAACGUCACACCAUCAAAGGGCUGGGGCGCCGACGAGGAAGAAGAGGAGGAAGAGGAAAACUCCACCAAAGCUGAGAAGAACGGCUCAAAACAAAAGGGCAAAGCCAAAGCUGCCACAACAAAAGAAGACGAAGACGACAAUGUAGGCGGCUACGAACUCUACAUGGCCGGCGACGAUGACGACGAAGACGAAGACGAUGAAGACGACGACGCACAUUCUGAUCAUGGCGUCAACAUCCCUCCCAACGCUGCUUCAGCAACAGGAGCUGGCAACCGUCGCAUCGCUAAGCACAAGAAAAAGGCUGCGGAUCCCGCUAUCUAUCAAGCUGGCAAUGAAGAGGACGAUGGCAUUCUGUUCUCCAACCCGGCGAACUGGAAUACGUUGUCUGUGGUUCUGAGAGACCGCGGUGUGUUGAGAUUUGUCAAGUAUGUCAGUGAGAGUGCCAAGGGCGAUAGAUGGGAUGUCAUUGGUGCCGUAGAGGUUAUUGAUGAUGAUGAUGAUGACGAGGACGAAGAUGCCGAGGAAUAG